AAAAGAACGAAGAAAAAGAAAGGAACAAAAAAAAAAGGAAUAAAGAAAAACAAAAGAACGAAGAAAAAGAAAAGAACGAAAAAAAAAGAAGAAACGAAGUGAAAGAGAAAGAACGAAAGAAAAAAGAAAGAACGAAGAUAAGAAAAGGAACAAAAAAAAAAGAAACAGAACGAAGAAAAAAAAAAAAAACAGAGGGAAAAAAAGGAGCGGAAAAAAGAAAAAAAGGGAAAAAAAGAAAAAGAACGAAAGAAAAGGAACGAAAGAAAAGGAACGAACAAAAAAAAAAAAGCAAAAAGAAUGAAAGAAAGAAAAAAGAAAAGAACAAAGAAAAAGAAAGGAACAAAGAAAAAAAAGGAAUAAAGAAAAAGAAAAGAACGAAGGGAAAGAGAAGAAAUGAAGGGAAAGAGAAGAAACGAAGGGAAAGAGAAGAAACGAAGGGAAAGAGAAGAAACGAAGGGAAAGAGAAGAAACGAAGGGAAAGAGAAGAAACAAAGGAAAAGAAAAAGAACGAAGGAAGGAAAGAAAAGGAACGAAAAAACAAAAUAAAAAAUAAAAAAGAAGCAAAAAGAAUGAAAGAAAAAAGAAAAGAACGAAGAAAAGAAAGGAACAAAGAAAAAAAAGGAAUAAAGAAAAAGAAAAGAACGAAGGGAAAGAGAAGAAACGAAGGGAAAGAGAAGAAACGAAGGGAAAGAGAAGAAACGAAGGGAAAGAGAAAGAACGAAGAAAAGAAAAGUAACAAAAAAAAAAGAAACGGAACGAAGAAAAAGAAAAAAAAGAAGCGGAAAAGAAGCAGAAGAAAAGAAAAAAAAGGGAAGGAAAAACGAAAGAACAAAAAAAAAAAAGAAAAAAAAGAAAAAAAAAGAAAAGAACGAUGA